AUGGAGAGAGCUUUAAUUGACGAAUGGCAACAGAUUCUUGCUAACGUCAUCCGGCGCUUGAAGUCAUCAAUGCGGCGAUGUGUUAUGGCAUGCAUUGAUGCACAAGACGGUUGGCGGAAAGUGAAAGGGAAGUUUGUUGCUAUCAACUCGUACAGCAUGAGCUGUCGCUGUCAGAUGACACCAGAUGGCGUGUCUCCCGCGUCUCACCUCGGCGAUGGAUGCAUUGAUCUCGUCCUGGUGUCCAACUGUUCCCGCGUCGACUACAUCCGACAUCUAUACCGCUGUACCGAUAGGAACUCCGAUCAGUUCAACUUUGACUUUAUUAAAGUGUUCCGUGUGAAUGAGUUUAAGUUUGAGCCCCCGUCCUAUUCUGACUGUGCGGAGGAUGAGGAUGAAGUAAACACGAUAGAGAUUUUGAACAAAUCCAUGCAGCACAGUGUGUGGAACUGUGACGGCGAGAUUGUCGAGUUUCCGAGUCUACAUGUCAGAGUGCACUGUCAGUUGAUACCGCUGUUUGCCCGGGGUGUAGAAGAAGAGGAGAAGGUGUUAGUGACUCAGCUGUGUGCAUAAAUUGUUCUAAAUAUACUUCUAAAACAACUUCUUUCCGAGAGAAUCGUAACAUUUUCCUUUGAUUCAUCUGUCCCUGGAGGGAACACUAAGGGAAGGAUAUAUUAAAUUGGCUGUGUGCUAUGAUUUUUUAGGAAAUGAAUUUUAAAAAUCAGCUGUGUUUUUAAAUUGUUCACAAUUAAUCUGCCUACCUGUUUCAGAGUACACCCUCAGUUUAUUCACCCAGUGUGAGAGGAGUGAAUAAAGAAAGGGAAGGAUGUAUUAUAUCAGCUGUGUUCUUAGAUUGUUCUCAGAGCUUAUCCACCUCUUGCAGAGUUCAUUGUAACUCUCAGCUGAUUCUCCUGUUAGACCAAUGAGUGACAGAGGAAUGGAAUGAUAGCUCAGCCAUGUUUUUAGAUUGUUCUCACUUAACUGAUCACUCCCACCUCUUUCAGAGUGCACUGUCAGUUGAUUGAGGUGUUUGCGCGAGGUAUGGAAGAGGAAGGCAAGGAUGGAGUGGGUGAGCCGUGUCCUCCCUGUUGUUCCUAGCAACGAGGAGAUCAACUAGUCACAAGGGAACAUUUCACAAUCUCGUACCUCGUGACGCAGCGAUUCCUGCACUGUAAGGGAUACAGACGUCACACAUAUCUUCUAGAUUACAGAGAGCUUCAGCUUGUGUUGGAGAUUACCUGGGUCUUGUAACAAUAUGAUGGUGUAAGUUGUUUGAUUUGUGUUUAAGUUAAUGACGACCAGGCUUUGAAGUAAGUUGAGAAUGGUUAUUUGGGUUACCAGGAGAUCACCACCUGUCAGUAAAGUCGACAACAGUAUUUCGUUCUACACAAAAUUAAAUUGAGUAAAAACACCAUAGCCUGAUUAAUUGUGUGCUCUUUAUAAAUAUAAGUCAUACACAUACAGAAUAUACAGUACAAUGAGAACAGUGAUAUGAAUGAAGAACAAAGGAAUAAUAAUGAGAAUUGUAAAUUUGAUAAAUGUGUUGUAACCUAUAGGUUACCAGGCACUUAUUUUAUGGUAAUCUAUGGGUUAUCACACAGUAUGCUUAUUUCAAUUCAUGAUAAACUGUUUUCAUGUAGGAAAAUAUGCCAUGAACUUAAUACCUGGCAGAAAUGAAAAACAAUUGUUUUAAUAUUUGUCAUGUAGAAAUGUUUUAUGUGAAAUAUCCUGUAUGAAGUUUUAAUGUAGUCCCGAGUUUGAUAAUUGUGAUCUUAUACUAUGUAGGUGCUACAAAUGUGCAUGUACAUUUUGAAAAUUAAGUAAUAGUUCAGUAUUUAAUAUUUUACAAGCUUUUAGAGCAGUCUGGAGUCACUAAUGUUGUUCAUACUGAAAUACACUGAAUUUUCGCCUCUUUUGACAUAAUUAUUUCACAAUAAUGUAAAUGAAACUAGUCCAGAAUAUGUGUGACAAAGUUGCACAUUUUUAUUUUUUAACUCUGUUCACAUCAAAUAUUCGUUUGGGUUUUUUUGGGGGGUUCUUUUUUGUUUUUAACCUGGUCUUCAGCCUUCUAUUUAAAUCAGCUAGGAUACUCUUUAAAUAAUUGUUUAUGCUUGUCAAAGGUUGUCUUAUCAGAUAUUGCCAGGUGUUGAAAUAACAGGCCUUCAGAGUUCAUGGAAACAAUCGUUUUUGGUAGUGUGUCAGUAGUGUGUUGGCAAAAUCACCGUACCAAAAUUUGGUUUCCCAUGAUUAUUAUAUCGAGUACAACUAUUCAACAAAAAUAAUAAUAUAUAUAAUAAAUAGAGGAUAAUAAACGAGUUACCAGUUAUUAUCAAAUUUA